AAUAUUUGCCGUCAAGAACGGUCUGGGACAACGAAUCUACUUUGCUCACGAAGAAUCAAAUUUCUGCACGCGUUCAUACUGCGGGCCCAAUCGUGGGUUCAUCGUCCCUAUCUCGGAUAACAGCCAACAGGAGGUGAUGCGUCUAGUCCGUGAAUUCGAGUGCUGCGCUGGCUGGGCAUGGUGCGCCUGCAGCGAUUCAUGUGCCUUGGAAGUCAAAGUAGAAGCUCCCGUCGGAAACGUCGUCGGAUACGUCAAGCAAUCAAAAUAUUGCUCGGGGCCCAAAUUUGAUGUCCUUGAUGCUGAGAGGAGGCCUGUUGCCAAGAUUAAGGGACCUUACUGCAUGCAACUAAACAGCUUUUGCCAAGGAGAAAUCGAUUUUGAUGUAUUUACUGUUGACAUGGCCACGACGAUUGGAAAGGUUUUCAAGCAGCGGCCCGGAUGUUUUUUAAAGGAGUGUUGUACCAAAGUCGAUAACGUUGGUGUGACAUUCCCUGCUGACCUGGAUGUAAACGUGAAGGCGACUCUUUUGGCGGCUGUGUUCUUCAUUGAUUUCAUGUUCUUCGAGAAAGCAAAUAACAACAACAACAAUAAGAUUUCGGACAUUCCUGUGUUUCUUGGUUUCAACUAAAUUAUUGACUGUAAUAAACUAUGAUAACAUUAAAUAUUCCCAUGAAUGUAAUAGUAUAAAAAAGUUAUACAAUUUAAUAUAAGAUAAAGAGGAGUAAUGUAUAUUGCAUGAUUAUAUUAAAUCAAGUUUGAUUAUAGAACUAUCCAGUUUUUAUGUUGAAAUAAAAAUCAUCUCAAUAAUUUAUGUUAAAAAAGUAAUACAA